AUGAAGACAGACACUUCAGACAAUGAAGAAACAAUGGCGGGCGGUCGUACUAAUCUGAGCUCUGUAAAUUGUUAUAAAAAUAAUCUAAAUGAAUGGAAGUUUGAGCAAAUAUACAAUCAUAAAGAUUGCUCAAACCUAACGUAUGAUAGAAAGCGUAUAAAGUGGUCUGGAAGCUUUGACAUGUUGCAAAGUUUCGUUGAAUGUGGUCUUAAAUUACAUGGCAAUUGGUCGUCGCCGGGUGGUAAUGCAAAAAAGUUUACGUGCCUCAAUUCGGACUUAACUAUUACUUGGUAUGCCAGAAAACAAAAUACACUUGUGCUUCACGGCGAUGCAAGUUUGGCUCUAGCAAAUACGUUGAUUACAGUGUGUGGGGCACCAACUACAUCAAAUGAGUUUACGGCGAAACCGAAUGCAGUUGAGGAUGGCGAAUUAUCGGAUAAUAUUUGUAUGCCGACAAUAAGUAGUGUCAUAGAGCAAAGGCAUAACAACAAUACUAACGCGGUUACUGCUGAUUCGAUUGUUGAUAUGACUACAGAAAUACCUAAUCAGUCUUUCAAGAGUGAUGUACAUUCAGAAAAGUUUAAGGUCAGAUCAAAUUCAUUCCCUUGUAAUGUAGUGCAUGAUUUCGAGCACGGUUGUCAAUGUAGGCUGCUGGCAGCAGACCUUGAAGAGGUUAAGCUUGAUAUGGUGAUCAUGCAAAGAAAUAUGGAGUCUAGGAUUUUUGCAAUCGAAAAGUCGCGGGAGAGCGAAGAAAUUAACCAACUUCAAAAGGAACUAUCUAAUGAAAGGGAAAAAUGUAAAAACCUUGAAGCUGAUAUAUCAAUUUUAAUCCGAGGAAGAAAUAAAGAAGUAAACGAAUUAAAUAACACCAUUGUCUCUCUUGAAAAUAGACUUAAGUCAAGUGAGGCGAUGAAUGAAUCUUUGAGACAAUCGAUUAUGCAAAUGAAAAAUCACGCUAUAAUUGAUGAAACAAGCAUAACAUCAAUAGUCCAUAGCAUUGAUAAUCCCCUUGGGAGCUCAAGUUUCUCUGGUGUAUUUAAUUCGGACGAUCAGCCAGAUGACCUUCCGUUAUGCAUUAAAAAUUUCACUACAAUUGAUGAAGCCAGCAUAACACCAGAGGCUCACUGUAUUGAUAACACCCUUGGGAGCCAGUCAGACGACUUUCUGUCAGGCUUUGAAAAUUUCACUGUAGCUGAUGGGGUUAACAUAGCCAUUGACCGGACGGAUAGUUCGCUGAAUACAUCCUCAUCGUUCAAGAAACAGCUAAAGAAAUACCGAGAGAAACAGUCUCUUGCGUUUCCCAAUAGAUCACACAAUUGGAUGAAACCUGUCCCUACAAACCCCCAAACAACAGAAUUAAAUACUUUCAAUACAAACAAGAGAAACCAGCAUUUAUCAAGGAAUACAGUCCGUAGUCGCAAAAACUUCAAAAGUAAACAAACUAAACCGAAGCGGAAUUUUCGGAAGAAACUGUCUCUAGAUCGACCUCCGGACUGGGAGAAUUACCUAGACCUAGUCAGCAAAAUUACGAGAACAUAA